AUGUGGGGGCACCAAGAGCAGCGAACACUUCCUACUCCUGACAGUGGAGGGAUCACGGGCCGCUGCACCUCCGGUCCACAACACCUGAUUCCACCUGACAUUCUAUGCAUUUUCUACACUUGGAGAAGCUCUAAAUUCUGGGGGUGCCAGCCACCAAGCAACAAUAAGAUUAUUAGAACAGCCAUGUUAAUUUGUUGUUGUUUUCUAAAUAGAUUCCACCUGACAUUCUAUGCAUUUUCUACACUUGGAGAAGCUCUAAAUUCUGGUGAGCCUAGCCCUUGGAUCACGGGCCGCUGCACCUCCGGUCCACAACACCUGGACUUUAAGAGAAUCAGAACUAAUCCUGACCUUGCAAAUGCAAGGGCAUCCCCAGAAUUCGACCCGUUAUUGAAAAGAUUCCAUGAAUCAUUUAUCAAUGCCAUCAAAUCAAUUUUUGGAAUAUUUAUUAAGAAAUAA